GAAGAGUAUUACAAAAAUCCAAAUCACCAUUGUAGCAGCCAUGAGUUCCGUGGGUGCAUUUCAUAAGGUGGAAAUAGAUGAAAAGUCGUAUUUAGUAUACACAUCAACACAAACAGACCACCCAACCUCUUCCGUUGUGGAUUCUAGUGGUGAUGAGCUCUCUCUCCAACCUCUUUUUUCAUGUCCUUAUGCACGUAUCAGAUCUCAUCAGCUCAAAGUAGAGAAGAACUAUGAUGGUGUUAAUUUUUUCAAGUUUCAUCCAUUCAAUUCUUACCCUCACUUCCCAAGCACAGGAAGUGGUGAUCAACAAGGCGAAUAUUUGCUUGAUUGCGACCACCAUAGUAUCUGUAAGUUCCCUGUAGUCCCUCUGUUUUGGUGCAACAAUAAAAAACCUGAUAGUAACGAAUUCGAGUGCGGUGCAUGCGAAGAGUCAAUGGCCAGCACAAGCUAUUAUGCAUGUCUUGAAUGUGGAAAAAAGUUUCACAAAGAAUGUGUAGAGUCUCCCCUUGAGAUCAAACACCCUUCCCACCCUUUUCACUCUCUUCGACUUUAUAGUCAUCCAACGCAUAUGGUGUGCAUCUGUUGUGGAAGACUUGUGUCCAACAUGUUUUAUCAUUGUGCGACAUGCGAUUUGAGUAUGGACCCGAUCUGUGCAAUGGAACCGAUACCCUUUGUUGUCGACCAUCCUGAAACCCAUUCCCACGCUCUUACGGUUUUCCCUACACAAGCUACUUAGGCUGGCAACAUUGGUGGCCUAAUUAAGAAGUUUGAUCCCACAAACAUUCGUAUACGGGUCUUCGUCAUCCAUAGAUGUAUGGGUUACCCACAUGUCAUAAGAAUAUCUCGUCACCAACACCGUAUCUCUUUUACCUUUCCUCUACCAUCUGGAAACUUGUCUUGUGGAGUCUGUCAUCAACGUGUUGACAACAAUUAUGGAGCAUACUCGUGCAAUAAAUGUGAUGCAUAUUUUGUUCAUUCAAAAUGUGCAUUUCAUAGAAAUGUGUGGGAUGGAAAAGAACUCAAAGGAGUAUCAGAAGAAAAUGAUAUAAUAGAUGAUGGUGAGCCAUUCGAGAGGAUAGCUGAUGGAAUAAUACUCCAUCCGUAUCACAGUCACCAUCUACGACUUGAGAUCAGCAAAGUUUAUGAUGAAAAUAAGUAUUGUCGAGGGUGUUCUUUUCCAAUCUACCAAGGUCACUUCUAUUCAUGCAUGGAAUGUGACUUCAUCUUCCAUGAAAGUUGUGCAAAUGCUCCACGCAUGAAACGACAUCCCUUACAUCCACACCCACUUACACUAAAUGUUGCCACCAAAGGGUUUGGUGAUAACGAAGGCAUAUACCAUUGUAGUGCUUGUGGUCGUAGCGGUACUGGCUUCUUCUAUGAACAUCAUAUAGGAGAAAAAAGAUUCCGGCUAGACUUGAGGUGUGCUUCAAUUAGCGAACCAUUUGAAUAUCAAUGCCACAAACAUCCCUUAUUCCUAGCUUCGGAGCUAGAGAAAAAGGUACGAUGUCAAACAUGCAAAGGGAGAAGCUAUUCAAAAUUAAAUUGCAUGGAAUGCGAUUAUGUUAUAUGUUUUCGUUGCGCUACCUUCCCAUACAAGGUAAGGUACAAGCACGACAGUCAUUUUCUUAGAAUUUGUGAUGGAAAAAAGGCAAGUGAUGAACCAGACUGGUGUGAGGUUUGCGAACGCAAAAUAGAAGAAGUAAAAGAAAGAGAGUCUCCGUGGGACGAAAGAAGAGAAAUGCGAUUUUAUAAAUGCAAUGACUGCUGCACGACUCUUCAUGUUGAAUGUUUACUUGGGAGAGACAUGUACAUGAAACCUGGUAAUAGUGUACAAGAUUACAUUUCGAAGCACUCACUAGGAUUUGAAGGUACAAAAUGGACAGAUGUUCGAGUUUUUCUCAACAGUUCGCUUUCCCGACCAAUUUGCACUGGAUGUAUGCGCCGUUGUCCAUUCCCAAUAGUUUUCAAAGGCUACAACACAAUCUUUUGUUCUUGGGAUUGUAUUGGAUAUGGCGACACGGUGUUUGAUCAUCCAUCGAGUAAUCCUUUUUCCUCUAUCACAGAAUUGGAAUUAAUUUGAAGUAUACUGACAUUUCACUUCUGUUAUUCGUAAUUUUCAUUGUGAGAUGUAUAACUUUGUCUUUUUUUCUUUGAUAUUUUGAUGUAAUUUAUUUACAUGUCCUUAAAUUUUAAUAUAUAGUU